CAGUGUGAUGUUGGCAUGGCAAACGUUCAACGCUCUCUUCGUGAUCCGAGCUGUCAGCAAAUAUCUGGUUGAAAUGGUACCCGAGUAUGAGCUCUGCAGACAUCUGGACUUCCAGGCUGAACGGAGAGUGGGCAAUGGACCUGUGGACUCCAGGGAGGAUAACACGCCAUCACAAGAGACCUCCCCCUCACCGCUGGCUUCCCCAGCGACCCCAGAAGUCCAAGAGGCUCCCGUCUCUCCCAAAUUGGCGGGGACUGAGAGCCGGGUGGAGAUGCUUAUCGAUGCGUUAAUCGGCCUCAUCAUUGAUGUUCCUGUUACGGACAACACAUACUACCUUCAUUUGGAGUGCAUCAAUACUAUGUUGGUGCUCAUGUCUGUUUACAUGUUUGCCGGCGUGCAUGGACAGACGCGGUUGGUCGACACGUCUCUUAUAUACAGAACCCUUUUCCAAGGUCGCUACGGCAUGCACGCUCCGCUUCUAGUGAAGACGUUACUGAACAACUUGUCGAGCAUGCUGGCAGCGCCUCCGAGCAUGUUCGGAGCUCACGCCGGCGGGGGGAGCCUGCUCAUCAACUUGGCUUCUGGCCUCUGGAACAUGAUAACGUUCAACUCAACAGCUCGGCAGACGAUAUACACCAACCCUCCACUGGACAGGCAGGAAUUACAAGAGAGAGUGAAGAAAGAGCAUCCUGUUGCUAACCAGUCAUGCCUCCUAUUACUGACACUGGCGAACCAUUGUAUGAACGAUGAUAACUUGUACAGAAACGCUUUGUUAUGCUGUGAGGAUACGGCGGAAACUUCAGCACCAACACCACAACGGGAAUCGAACGGUGGAUCACAGGUGACACCGCCGAGAAUCGACAUGGCCGCUUUGCACCGCGCGCUGUGCGCCACGGCGGGCUGCGAGCACUGCACGCUACUGCUGUACCUACUGCUGCACUCGUGCGCCGCAUACAAGCGACACGUCGCUAAUGUAGCCCAGCUCGACUUGCUUAUUGUCCCAAUCCUGCAAGUGCUGUACAACGCCCCGGAGAACAACAACCACCAUAUCUAUAUGUCGCUUAUAGUUCUGCUCAUACUCACUGAAGAUGACGCUCUUAUCAAGAAUGUGCAUUUAAUUAUGCUAAAGAACCUAACAUGGUACACUGAACGAGCGAUCUCUGAGAUCUCGCUGGGCGGUCUGAUGGUGCUGGUAGUACUGCGGGCGUUACAUUACAACAUGGUGCGCGUCCGGGACAAGUAUCUGCAUACCAACUGCCUCGCUGCCAUCGCUAAUAUGAGCUGUGAAUUCAGGAACCUACAUCCAUAUGUAGCGCAGCGGCUGAUAUCAUUAUUCGAAACGUUAACAAAACGAAGAGCUAGGCUCUGCAGCGAAAUUGAAGGUGGCGAUAUUAAUAAUUUAGAACUUCCACACAUUACUGAAGAGAAGACAGAAGAAAUUAUGGACCACAUAUCGGUGCUGGACGAGGUGCUCCGCAUGUUGCUGGAGAUCAUCAACUCGUGCGUGUCGCACCAGCUGGCCUCCAACUCCAACGUGGUGUACGCGCUGCUACACAAGCGACAUCUAUUCACUCAGCAUACACACCACCCAGUCGCGCAGAAUAUUGAUAUGGUCAUAGGCUAUUUUUCAACGCGUUUGCAGCGCGUCCAAGAGGGCGCUGGCGGUGAUCUAGGCGUCAACGAAGUGUUGCAGUGUAUCAAAAAGGGAGCCGAGCAGUGGUCUAGUGAUAGGUUAAAGAAAUUCCCCGACCUAAAAUUCCGCUACGUUGAAGAGGAAAGACCAGAAGAAUUCUUCACUCCUUACGUUUGGAGCCUCGUCAACUCGUGUGGCGGAGUGUACUGGGCGAGCGAGGGAGGAGCGAGGGCUUUAGGAGACCUCCUCGCUUGCUGA